AUGUCUUCUGACGCUGCCUACGCCGCGUUCCUUGACAAGGCCAACGAGGGCCUCGACAACGCAACUACAAGCAACAAGCAACCAGAAGGACAAGAAGGAGAAGACUCUGGCUUCAUCUCGAGCAAGAGACUCGAUGUCGACGAGCAGCAGAUCCCGCCGUCUCUGCACACCAAAGCCACCUACGCCUCCGAGACCGACAUGCCCUUUGAGCCCGUCGUCCUCCACGCCGACCACUUCCCAUCCGCAGAUGAGUUCAAGCAGCUCGCCUACAGCAACAAGCAUGAUGCCCUAGAGGUGUCUAUACUCUCGCCCACCCAGUUCGACCCUCGGGGCAAGUACAAAGAGGUCAUCGAACGCGUCAUGGAGUCUUCUUCCUCAGACGGCAGCAUCCAGGUCUACAGAGUGCAGCACGACCACGCGAGAGUGGAAUACUGGCUGCUGGCGGUAGACGAGGGCCGCCUGCUCGGUCUGAAGGCGAGGGCCAUCGAGACCUAG